AUGUGGUGCACCACCUGGGCGGUAAAGCGGAGGCACGGCUGCACGUCUGCUGCACGAACGCCGUGGUGUUCACCCUGGGGACUGGAACGCGCCGAGUCUCUGUGUCCGAGAGCUGGUGAUGGAGCCCUGCAGUCCGGACUCGCUCGAGCGACGUACUGCCGCCGACGUUGUCAAGUGCGGGCAUGUGCUGCACAGUUGGAAAACGCAGUCGCACAGUCGUUGAGCGGCUCCAGUACGGUUGACCUGAUUCUCAUAGCUUUUGGGGACGAGAGUGCUGAGCAGCUGCGUGACGAACCUCAGUCAAGGAUCAAUCUACCGGCACUGCCAGGAGCAACUGCGCAACGCAUCGGAAAGUGUCCGCAGGGCGUUGCAUGUGUUGCCACCAUGCAAGCACUUGCCCCAAGCGAGGCGGUGCUUGCGGCGUUGCGACAACACCUGGCAACCACCGAGUCCGGUUUGUACGGCAGCGCAAGCAGUUAUGCUAUUGAAGAGCCCUGGGUGCGGCGAGUGCAACUCCGAAUAUCAGAGCAUCACGAUGGAUAUCUGGACGAAGCCCUCGAUGCACUUAUUUAUUACAUGAAGUGCCGGAGUUUUUUCCAGACGGUGGAUGCACUCACCGAUGUCCUGCGGUCAGUAGCGUCACAGAUGGCACGCGGUGGCGAUGUGACGAUUCUCUCGCGUGAACCGGAUGUUGUGCGCAGUCUUGGAGCAUUGCUCUUUGCCCGAACGGAGCUCAUUAAACAGCAGAGCGCGGUAUACCGUUCAGGGUGGAUGUCGGACCGCGGGCGCUCGCGAGGCAGCACUUUUGAGCAACUUGAUGCGCAAGUUUUUCACGCGCGCGAGCGCUUAGCGUACCUCGAGCCUGAUCUUGCAACGCUUCGCGAUGGGCUAGUGCUCAUGAACUCGCAAAUCGAGUUCCGCAUCAACAGUCGUAUUGAACGAAUGAUUUUGUUGCUGCUGGCAGUUGAAGUUGUGUUUGCCAUAUGGGAUGCGUUCUUCUGA